AUGAACAACCUUGCCCAAGCCGUCACUUUCCUCGAGUCGCUCAAUCUCGCUCACGGUGACCUACGACCAGAAAACAUCCUACUUAACCGCGACCAACUGAAGCUAUCCGACUUUGACUGCACCGCGGAGAUCGGAUCAUAUUUCGAAGCGUGCAUAGCCCCGUAUGGACGCUUCCUGAACGGCAGCGAAACGGACUACGGACAACGCGGGACGUCCGGCUCGCUAGGUCCCCGGACAGAACAGUUCGCCCUGGGCGGCUCCUUGUACUAUCUGAUUAACUACGGCUUCGAGGUUUAUGACGAUCGAUGUCUUGCGGACGAUGCUAAGGAACAUGGGCCGAAGGUCGUGGACUUGCUGCAGAACAUGGAGUUCCCGAGUUUAGAUGGUGAUCCGCUGAUUGACGGUAUCAUCGAGAAGUGCUGGCAUACCAAGUACAACUCGGUUGCGGAAUUGGCCGCGCAGACAGAGACGCUCCUUUCUGAAGGAACUACGAGGGAAGUAAUCAAUGUCGAAGCGGUUCCAAGUACCGGUGACUCGACAGAAGAUUUCUCUUCGAAAAGGGCCGUCUGUCAGGAUCUGGAGAAGCGUGGACUUCUGCGCCUGCUUUGUUCUGGUGAAGCAGUCUACUCCAACUCGACUUCUAUCCAGGUGUAUUUCGACCGAGCAUACGCUGAAUGGUCGUCUGUUCCUUUGGACUACAUGACGUAG